ACUUCGACAUCGAGAUCAACCGGGAGCCGGUUGGUCGCAUUAUGUUUCAGCUCUUCUCAGACAUAUGUCCAAAAACAUGCAAAAACUUCCUUUGCCUAUGCUCAGGUAAAUGAAUUGUUAAAUCAUUUCUGAUGAGAAGUCAUGACUUACAGUUUUAUCUUGCUUAACAGAAUAGAUGUUUUCCUUAAAAAGUAAUGGGCUGUAAAAUGAGUUUAGCACGUUAAAAAACACUAUUUUCACUGGUAGGAAAUCAGGGAAAUAUUUCUUGAAGAGAGGACAAAGAAAUGGUCUCAAAAGUGAAAAAGAAAGUACUACUGCAUGUAAUUAAAUCAUCUCUAAACACUGUAGUUCAAAAUUCUAAAUUUCAGUAUUUUGAACAAAUUUAGCAUUCCCGAUUUCUAAGAAAUUUAGGCUGAGAAGAUAGGCAAAACAUAAUGCAGUUGUUCUUUGUUAUUUAUAGUUGAGUUUAUAUAUAUUUUUUAAUGAAAAUAGGAAAAACAUCUAUGAAGUUAUUUUAAAAUAGCAAAUUAAGAUUUUUAAGUGUGUGCUUGGAUACACUUAUGUACAUAUACAGUGUUCGUACCAACUCCUUCACCGCUCUCUCUUGGAGGAGCGAUAAGCAUUUCUAAUCUGCUUUUCUCCUAUAGCAUAUAGAGUCACUGCCACACAAUUUAACAGUUAUAUGCUGCUUGAUACUUACUUUUGGAACCCAUGUGUGUAUUCCGUCGUCACCCUGUGUCUUGUGUCUCUUACAGUGCCAGCACACAGGAGGGAUUUCACAAAGGACUAAUUUGGACUAAUUUCCAUGGACAGAUACAUUUGUAGCUAAACAUCAUUUCUUUGUUUUCCAGGAGAGAAAGGCCUUGGGAAAACAACUGGGAAGAAGUUAUGUUAUAAAGGUUCCACAUUCCAUCGUGUGGUUAAAAACUUUAUGAUUCAGGGUGGGGACUUCAGCGAAGGUCAUUAUUUGCAGGUAAUGGAAAAGGUGGAGAAUCAAUUUAUGGUGGAUAUUUUAAAGAGAAUGUGGUCUUUUGCAAAAUGAAAAGGUAAGAGAACGAAGCUCAGUAACACAAACUCCAAUUCUGUUCCCUUGCACCCUUCCUAAUAAGUGUAUGGACAGCCUGGGUCAGGUUGUGGCUGGAUUUCUUAUAUUGCUUGAAGACUUGGAAAAUUCUGUAUACUAUUUCAUACGUGCAUCUGUAUCUUUUUUUCUUUUCACAAUGGGCUCUUAGUUCUACAUCAGGGAAAAAAAUCUAGUUGUGCUUUUUUCCCCCUAAACCAAACAAUUUCUUUGAAUAAAAGUUGGUAUUUCCUACUUUCUCAAAGGUUUGUAUGUUUUCUUUUGUGUACUAGAAUUAUAUGAUUGUAUUUUAUUCCUACAGUAGUAGUAUUUGCAUAAGUCUAACUAUUGCAUUUGCCCCAAAAAGCCUUAGAAAAGUCAGUUGCAGAGAUUGAUAAUGGGAUCCAAUCUGAUUAGAUUUUAAUGCCAUGAUAGCUUCAGCGUUAUAAUAGUCUUUUAUAUUUCUUUUGGGGGAAAAUGGAUUACCACUCUUUUUCAGAAGCCUGUUCCCAAGAUGAAAACUUUAUUCUCAAACAUGACAGAGCGUUCCUUUUGUCAAUGGCAAAUCGAGGGAAACAUACCAAUGGUUCCCAGUUUUUCAUUACUACCAAACCUGCUCCACACUUGGAUGGGGUGCAUGUCGUCUUUGGAUUGGUUAUUUCUGGUUUUGAAGUAAUUGAACAGAUUGAAAAUCUGAAAACCGAUGCUGCAAGCAGACCUUAUGCAGAUGUGCGAGUAAUUGACUGUGGGGUGCUUGCCACAAAAUCAUCAAAAGAUGUUUUUGAGAAAAAAAGGAAGAAACCAACUCAUUCAGAAGACUCGGGUUCCUCUUCCAAUUCCUCUUCCUCUUCAGAAUCUUCUUCAGAAAGUGAAAUUGAACAUGAGAGAAGCAGAAGGAGGAAACAUAAGAGGAGGCCAAAAGUUAAGCAUUCUAAAAAGAGACGAAAGGAAGCAAGCAGUUCCGAAGAGCCAAGGAAUAAACAUAUAAUGAGCCCAAAAGGUUACUCUGAGAGGAGUGAUACCAAUGAAAAAAGGUCAGUUGAUUCAAAUGCUAAAAGGGAAAAGCCUGUGGUCCGACCAGAAGAGAUUCCCCCAGUUCCAGAGAACCGAUUUUUACUGAGAAGAGAUAUGCCUCUUGUCACAGUGGAACCUGAACCGAAGAUUCCUGAUGUUCCACCCAUUGUAAGUGAUCAGAAACCAUCUGUAUCAAAAUCUGGACGGAAGAUUAAAGGAAGGGGUACAAUUCGCUAUCACACACCUCCAAGAUCAAGAUCAUGUUCUGAAUCAGACGAUGAUGAUAGCAGUGAAACUCCUCCUCACUGGAAAGAGGAAAUGCAGAGAUUAAGAGCAUACAGACCACCUAGUGGAGAAAAAUGGAGUAAAGGAGACAAAUUAAGUGACCCCUGUUCAAGCCGAUGGGAUGAGAGAAGCUUGUCCCAGAGAUCCAGAUCAUGGUCCUAUAAUGGAUAUUAUUCAGACCUUAGUACGGCAAGACACUCCGAGGGUCACCAUAAAAAACGCAGAAAAGAGAAAAAGGUGAAGCAUAAAAAGAAAGCGAAAAAGCAGAAACACUGCAGAAGACACAAGCAGACUAAGAAGAGAAGGAUUAUUGUACCAUCUGACAUAGAAUCCUCAAAAUCUUCCACCCGACGAAUGAAAUCCUCUUGUGAUAGAGAAAGGAGAUGUCGUUCUUCCUCGUUAUCGUCUCAUCACUCAUCAAAGAGGGACUGGUCUAAAUCUGAUAAGGAUGACCAGAGCUCUUCAACCCAUUCCAGCAGGGACUCCUACAGAUCUAAAUCUCACUCACAGUCUUACUCUAGAGGAAGCUCAAGAUCAAGGACUCCAUCAAAAUCUUCAUCACAUUCUCGAAGUAGAUCAAAGUCCAGAUCUAGUUCCAAGUCAGGGCACCAAAGGACAGCAUCAAAAUCACCAAAAAGAACAGCCUCUCAGUUAAGUGAAAACAAACCGGUUAAAACAGAACCUUUAAGAACAACAGUACCACAAAAUGAAAAUGUCAUAGUACAAGCGGUGGUGGCAGAAAAUAUUCCUGUAAUACCACUGAGUGACAGUCCCCCUCCUUCAAGGUGGAAGCCUGGACAGAAGCCCUGGAAGCCCUCUUAUGAGCGAAUUCAGGAAAUGAAAGCUAAAACAACCCACUUGCUGCCCAUCCAAAGCACUUACAGUUUAGCAAAUAUUAAAGAGACUGGAAGUUCAUCAUCCUACCACAAAAGAGAAAAAAAUUCAGAAAGUGAUCGGAGUGCUUAUUCAAAAUACAGUGACAGAAGUUCAGAAAGCUCACCAAGGUCAAGGAGCAGAUCGUCUAGGAGUAGAUCUUAUUCCAGAUCAUACACAAGGUCACGAAGUCUAGCUAGUUCACGUUCGAGGUCUAGGUCUCCCUCAUCUAGAUCUCAUUCACGAAAUAAAUACAGUGAUCAUUCACAGUGUAGUAGAUCAUCGUCGUACUCUUCUGUUAGCAGUGAUGAUAGAAGACGGGCCAAGAGAAAAUACAGAUCCAGCGGGAAGAAAGGUAACACUUCUCGUAAAAGGCACAGCAGCAGUUCCGAAAAGACACUUCGCCAUAAAUAUAUGAAAAGCAGGGACAAGUCUUGUCAGAGAAAGUAUAGCGAAAGCAGGUCAUCUUUAGAUUAUUCUUCAGACAGUGAACAGUCAAGUGUUCAAGUUACACAGUCAGCCCAGGAGAAAGAGAAGCAAGUCCAAAAGGAAAUGAAUAAUAAGCAAGAGAGAAACAGAGAUGAAGAGAAAUCCAAGCCCGAACAAGAAUGCCCUCGUUCAAAAAAAAGAGCCUUGAAAGAGAAUCUUUCUGAUCACCUUAGAAAUGGCAGUAAGCACAAAAGAAAGAAUUAUGCGGGAAGUAAAUGGGACUCAGAAUCAAACUCCGAACGAGAUGGAACUAAAAACAGUAAAAAUAUUUCCCGGCCAUCUUCUGAUAAGGAGGAAGGUGAAGCCACAUCAGAUUCUGAGUCAGAGUUUGGUGAAAUUCACAUCAAAGCCAAAUCCACAACAAAGUCUUCAGCAAGUACUUCACUGCCUGAUGGUAAUGGUGCUUGGAAGUCAAGUAAACAGCGGUCUUCAACAUCUGAUUCUGAGGGGUCCUAUUCCAAUUCAGAAAACGCUAGAAGAAAGGCACGGAAGCACAAACACGGGUCAAAGGAAAAUCUUAAAAGGGAACAGACCAAAAAAGCAAAAGAGAAAUUGAAAGGGAAAAAAGACAAAAAGCACAAGGCUCCAAAACGAAAACAAGCAUUUCAUUGGCAGCCUCCACUAGAAUUUGGUGAGGAGGAGGAAGAGGAGAUUAGUGAAAAGCAAGUUACUCAGGAGGCAAAAGAGAAAAAACAAGUUUCUGAAAACAGUGAAACCUUGAAAGAAAGUAUUGUGCAAACUGAGAAGUCCUGUGAAGAGGGCAACCUUUCAGGUAAAUGUAAUACAGUAAUGAUUCCAUCAGAUAUUGACCAGCCUACUAAAGAUGAUAGUAAACUCAGCAUUUCUCCUAGAGCUUUAAAUACUGAUGAAAAUGUAGCUGCUUCUCCCUCAAACGUUCAGCAUAUUGCAGAAAUUGUCUCAAGUGGAGUGGAAGAUGUGCUUCAGACAGAUGACAACAUGGAGAUUUGCACUCCUGAUAGGAGUUCCCCAGCAAAGGAGGCAUCCCCUCUAGGAAACUCAAGGCUCGACACCCCAGAUAUAAACAUUGUUUUAAAGCAGGAUGUGCACACGGAGCGUCCUGAGGGAGAGGAGCUAAAGCAGGAAAGCAGCACGUCUGAAAGCAAAACAAUGGGGGACAUGGGCAAACAGGACGGCGGCCCCACUGGCAUUGCCGGUGCUGCAGAAAGCACUGUGAAGAGAGAGGUGGCUGAGAAGAGCCAGAUCGGUCUCUUAGAUAAUAAAUGGAAGCCCCUGCAAGGUGUGGGGAACGUGGCCGCCCCGGCUGCUACUACAUCCAGCACUGUGGAAGUGAAGGCAUUGACUGCUGCACCUGAGAUGAAGCCACAAGGCUUGAGGAUAGAAAUCAAAAGCAAAAAUAAAGUCCGGCCUGGGUCUCUCUUUGAUGAAGUAAGAAAGACAGCACGCUUAAACCGGAGGCCAAGAAAUCAGGAGAGUUCAAGUGAUGAGCAGACACCUAGUCGGGAUGGGGAUAGCCAGUCCAGGAGUCCAAGCAGAUCUCGAAGUAAAUCUGAAACCAAAUCAAGACACAGAACAAGGUCUGUCUCCUACAGUCACUCAAGAAGUCGAUCACGAAGUUCUACAUCGUCUUAUCGAUCAAGAAGCUACUCUAGAAGUCGGAGCAGAGGGUGGUACAGCAGAGGCCGCACAAGAAGCCGGAGCAGCUCCUACCGCAGUUACAAAAGCCACAGGACAUCCAGCAGGAGCAGAUCCAGGAGCAGCUCGUACGACCCCCACAGUCGGUCCAGCAGGUCCUACACUUACGAUAGCUACUAUAGCAGGAGUCGGAGUCGAAGUAGGAGCCAGAGGAGUGACAGUUACCACCGAGGCAGAAGUUACAGCAGGCGGUCCAGGAGUUGUAGAUCUUAUGGCUCUGACAGUGAAAGUGACCGAAGUUACUCUCAUCACCGGAGCCCCAGUGAAAGCAGCACAUAUAGUUGAAAAUGUCCCCCCCCCUUUUUUUUUAUACAAAUUAUAUCUUAUUUGUAAAUAUCUGGUAACUUAAAAGUUGGAGAAACUUAAUGGCAGUCUGUUGUUCUAUUUCAAUAUUAGAGAUAAGUUUCAAAAAUAGGCACUUAAUUGUUAUCAUUCAUUUACAUGUACACAGAAUUUAAAAUACAGAUAUGUCUCCUAAAAAUAUUUUUAUGCCACACUUUACAGUAGCCAACUAUGGAAAUGAAUUUCAUUUUCUUGAAUCAAGAAAUCAUGAAAUUUAAGUAUCAUUUGCAAUAUUAUUUUAGACAGAUGAUUUCUUUCCAUCUCAUGUAUUCCUUAGAAUACAGAUUCUUUUUGCCCGUUUUUCAGGUUUUAGCAUAUAUGCUGCCAAGCAUAGAACUGUGAAGAACUGUUAAAGGUGGCCAAAUAUUUAUGUACCAAUCACACAGUCUCAUACAUACGUGCUCUUAAGAACAAACCACCCAGAAUUGAUACUUGAUGGUAGCCAGGAAUAUAAGGCAGUGGCUCUGGAGUUCUUCAUUCUUUCCUUACUUCUUGGUUGUCUCAGAGGAUCGGGAAAAGUGGUCAUCAUACAGCCCACUCCGGCUGGCAGGUGAGGUUCAGAAGAAUAAAUCGGCCUUAACUGUGUACCUGCACUGUCCCUAAGGACCUAAUGUUUUAUGUGCUUUUUAAUGAACACUAUCACGAGUUUAGAUUGUAGAAACAAUUCUAUUCCAGUUCAUGUUUUGGUGCUCGGUACCUUUUGGUGCCUCUUUACGUGUACUUUACGUUAGAAUCUCCUAGAAGAGAGAUUAUUAUUAUUAUUAUUAUUUUAAUUCACUGGCGCCAAACGUUCCUUCUGAGCUGUAUUCACUUUAAAUAUUUGGAGGGCUUCUCUCCAGCUCAGGUGUGGCCUGGGGUCCUCCGGAGCAGGCAGGACUGACCCAGAAGGUUGUGUGGCCGCUCAGGGCUGCUGCACGUAACUGACAUGUGUGCCUCGGGAAGAGUCGAUUGAAGAGUGGACUUCAAAGUACCACCAAAACCUCACUGCCACCAUCCUGGAGACACUUGGCAGAGCUUUUAAGUCUUUCAAGUAAGAGAGAGAGAUACCACAACAGCAGCUGAACUGUUCUAAGCACCAGCAUGUUUUUCCUCUUUCUGCCGUGACCCGCUCUGACUCGGUGAAGCCUCGCACGACACGAGGAAGUCCGGGACAUCACACAGGGGAAGAGGGUGUGCACGACAGCACAGAUGACACAUUUUCGGUUUGGGGUGGUUCCUCCAAAAAGGAUUUGACCUGUAAAAACUGGUGUGAUUUUUUUUUUUUUUUUUUUUAAAUCUUUUGAGUUUUUCCCCCAAGUGUACUUAAUCACCUUAGUGCCAGUUUAAUCAGUUACACAGAAGAAAAUCCUACUGGAUGUCGGGUGUGGAACUCUGCACCAACCCAACCCAGGCCUUGGCUAGGGGUACCUGGGAAGUGGGAAAGAGCCCUCAGUUGGAGGGAUUUGACAGCCUCGGAUGGGUGGAGGGGAGACCUUGGAUAUAUUAAAAUGGUCAUCCGUAAAAGGUUCAUAAACAGGGUUAAGUGGUCAGCUGUUUGCCAGGUUGAUAGAGUACGUUAGAAAACAGGACCCAAGUCAAAUAAACGGACUUCUUAGUAAACACAAAA